ACAGGAACCUAUAAUAUAUAUGUGGACCAAUAACAUAGUGUAUAAAUAAUGCAACUAUAAUAAUUGACCAAUCCUUUUACGAAAUGGUUAUUAUAUUGUAAACUGAAUCGCGAAUGAAUAUAACGCAACGUACUUAAUGAUAACUUUGUUUAACACUCGAUAUUCGCAUACAGUAUGGUUGGAGAUAAUAUAAAAAAUAGACUUAACACAUAUAGACGCCAGAAAUACAGAGAAGAAAUGUCAGAAUCAGUUAAGAAUAUGAUACAAUCUGUCUUACCGUGGAGUAGAAAUAAAUCAGCUGAAGAUUCUUCAGUGGUAACGCCAUUGAACGAUGUGAAGGAUGACCAGGAUAUGGAAAGUACUUGUUCUGAUGAUAGUGUCAACCAAUCACAAUGUACAAUGCUAAGAAUAAUAGCAUAUCUAUUAUACUUUCUUCUAUGGGUCACCUUAUAUAUUAUUGCAAUUGAAUUUGAAUUUGGAGCAGUAUAUUUUAUUUUAUCUACAUUAAUAUUUAUUUGGCUGAAUACUCGAUCUAGACCAAAGAAACCAGGUGAACUUAGUGCCUAUUCUGUAUUUAAUCCAGACUGUAAAGCUAUUGAAGGAACACUUGACGCAUCACAAUUUGAAAGGGAGCUAAUAUAUGGCAUGGGAAACAUACAUUAAUUUAAAUUAUACAAUAUUUGAAUCGAUCUAAUUUAUCACAGGCAAAGUAAUUCACAUUUUGUACUUCUAUGUGUAUAAAUGUACGUGUCUGUAUAUUUUAUAAUAGUAUGCAAAUGAAAAAUAGGAACUCCUAGAUAAAAAAUUAAGCUAAGUGUCAAAAAUGAAGCUAAGUAAAA